AUGAGCAGCCGCACCUGCAGGCCAACGCGCGGAGCACAACCCUUUUCAGGAAUCUUGCCCUUACCAGGAUUCAUCAAGGCCUCAUCGCAUCCCGCAUCUGCCAACAAUACUCCUUUGGGCUGGUUCUAUCCCAAAAACCUGUGUCGUGCUCAGUUGCGGCAUGCUUCCCGCAAUGGUUCAUUACUUUUCCAGGGAAGCUGCACAAACGGUCAAUUGUCGCGACUAAGGAGACACUAUCCAAAUAGCUUGACUUGCGACACAGCGAAACGUGGCGCUUCGCCACAGCCGAGCAGCAAUAAGAGACGGCUCGGCUCUGAAUCCUCAAGGAACUCUUCCUUGCAUUCCGGAAAUCUAGCCAUCUCUUCACCUAGUAUCGUGUCGAAAUUAACUUGGGACGGACGAGGCCAUAUGCCUCGUUUCUCUACCCUUGCUCACGCAGUUGGCUGA